UGAGGUUUUAAGCUGGGUGUCGGAAUAAGCAUUUUGUGACAUCUGCUGAUGUAAAAAGGGCUUUAUAAAUAAAUUGUACUGAUUGAUUGAUGAUUGAUUGUAUGAAAUGGAGUAGCAUAUAUCCAUCAUGAAAAAUUAACAUUGAGCACUGUCUCCAUGGAGUAUAGCACUGCAGCCUUAGGCAAUGUAUAUUUACGUGGUGCAUAACAUUAUCUCAUAUCACAUGCAUGGCAAGACAUGAUUGAUGUAAUUAGAUGCUCUGGAGAGAUCCCACCCUCCUUCCCCAACACAUGUAGAAUGCUUAGAAACCACCAGAAACCUGUGAAAUAGAUCAACAGAUGAUGUUUUAUCUCCUCUCAAGGUCUGUUGGUUUACAGUAUCUCAGAAUCAGGAACUGUCAUAUCCCAUGUGAUAUGUCAAAACAAGUUGAUGCAUGUAUUAUCAUGGUGCAUUGGGUUUGUAUUUGUAUUUAUUGUGGAUCCCCUUUAGCUGCAGCAGCUACUCUUCAUGGGGUCCAGUAAAAUGAAGGCAGUUAUACAAUUGUAAAAACAUUCACAACAGAUGUCACAAAAUCCAUGUUCCUGUUUGAUUUCGGGGUAGGCUGUCAACAGCACGUACUGUGACACUAUGAUAUGUAUUCUGAUCAAGGCAACAAUACUUCUAGGCAUAUCUGACAUCAUGUAUUUGAUAUCUUUAUGUGAAGGUUAAUGUCCAUAUUGACAUCAGUUCAUUGUGUUUGAGGGCGGUUCACUGACGGGGUUUCGACGGAUACGAUUAGAUUAGACUAGUUUAACAGUUACAGAACAGCUACAGUAGCCUAUCAGAACAGCUGCAGUAUCAGAGGCGCAGAGCCUUAAUUAACGGGCUACACAUAAUGGCUGACGACAGCCAGGUAAGGUUAAUUGUAGCCUACGUUUAACGAGCUUUACAGUUGUCCUAAUUCCAUCUCGUUCUAAUGGCAAUUCUGCCUUAAGUGCAGAAACGAUGGUUGAUAUUAGAAAAUAAGUAUGAUUGGAAGUUUAGGCAAGUAAUUCCAAUUGGGGAAUUGUUGUGGGAUGUUAGCAUAACAUAUUGCGCGUGUAGCAUUCGUGCCAUGGAGGAUUGUGCAGGCCGGCAGGUUGCUACAGGAUCCUAGUAUCAUGUAUGUUAUAGGGAUCAGAUCUGGCUGACUUUUUCACCUGAACUGCUCAUUGGCUGUCCAUAAUGAGCCCAGCGGGCAGGAUGUGUAGCUGGGCUCUGCAAUAAUUAGCUCCCAGAGCAAUUACAAAUACCUUUUGUUGUUUUAAAAGCGUCAUUACAACUAGCAACAUGACAGGCAGUCACCUCUAAGCACUACUCAGUAGAAACGCUAUGUGUUGGAUUUGUCCAUGUCUCGCUAAAUUAACCUAGCUACCAGAACAGAUGUGGAGAAUUUAUACUACAGUUUUAAGGGAUCUCUCUGAAGGUUUUAGAUGAUACAAUGGUGCUUCGUCCUCUGGAUGAAGAACCAUACAUCUUGGCUUGGCUUCAUUGCAUUAUUAUUUGGGGAACGUUGACAUGCCAUUUGUGUUGACGGAUGGAUGAAAAUAAUGUAAUUAUACUAUCGUUAUACAUAGGUUAGCAGAAAAAUCCGCAUGAGAUACCCAUAGAACUGAGCCCUGCUCCAUUUCAGCACCGUGCCGUGGUCUCAGGUGCUGCCCAGACUCGAAACAUUUCAGCACCAUGGCACGGUCCCCUGACGCCAAGAAACGUGUCAGCACUAUGCAGCGGACAGCUCCAUAGUGCUGAAAUAGUUCAAGCCCCCUAGAACGUCAUUGAUUUUAAAUUAUUCUAGGUGCAAGUGGUUAUAAUUUAUUGCAUGUCCUAGUUUUGCAGCUUUGCAACCUCAGAAUUAUAGCUAAUGGAUGGCAGCGAGUUACGUUUUUGUGCAUGGCGAUGAAUGAGGAUGCUUGAUAAACCAUAAAUUAAACGCAAAAACGUGCACUUACAAAUAUUUUCGUUUGGCAGAACAUUGACAAGCUAUAAUCUGUUUUCAAAUGACAUUGACAGUUCAUAUAGACAUUAGACUUAGGCCUAAUUGUGACAUCAUGUGUGUAUGACAUCUUUGAAGAAUGCCCUGGCUUCAGCCAAUCGGAAUCGAGUAUUCAACAAUGCUUUGGCAUAAUUCAAGGACGUUCAUAUUCACUUCAGUUGUCUGCCGAUGGUUCACUGACGUUUUAUCAAAGGAGAUAUUAGUAUUUCCUCUAAACAGCCUACAACAAUAAGCUACACAUCAUGUCAGAUGACAGCAAGGUAUGGUUCAUUUAGCCUAUUUUGAGUUUAGAGGAGAAAUUACUAACAAUAUAGUAGGUCACUACCAAAGCAAUAGGUCUCACUGGAUUGAUCCAUGGACUGAAAUCUGACCACUAUUGCCGUUUUGUUUAAAAUAGGAGCGAAUAAGUUGUUUCACAAAGUCCCAACCUAGGACUGAUAUUGACCUCUCAUUUAUCCACCAGAGCGUGAAAUGGGAGGAUCCCCGGAUGACCAAAAUAAGGUUGUGGGGAAUAUGAAGGAUGAAACAGAGACACAUGAGACCAACAAGAACAGGACAGGAGGCAAGGCUAAACGUAAGUCCAGUGGCCGUGCCAAGAAGACUUCCGUGGAGGAGGACAGCAGCAUUGGUGCAGAGUCUUCUCAGACACCCGGGUGUGGUUUCCGGGAAAGGGGAUCUAUCAUUGAGCAGCUGGAGAAGGAGGCUCAGAGGACUCUAAUGCCUUCUCUCAAGAUUGAGACAUGCUGUGCCCCAAUCCUCCUCUCCUUCCUGAGGAGUCUAACUGAUGACCAAUGGAGAGUGAUUCAGCAUGGCAUGAAAAAUAACCUCACAUUCGAGCAGCUCUCCAUGCUGUGUCUGAAGAUUGUUAAAGUCGUGACCCAGACAGCCCUCCGCAUUCUCCUACCAGCGCUAGCUCGUAUCAUGGGGGUGAACCUGAGGAGUGGGCCAACCUCCCCAGAAUCCCAGUGCUCUCUGAUAGGGUCUGAGGAUUCCUUAGGCAGUCUGGAUGAGAGAGAGAAAAGGCUGCUGAUCAGUGAGAUGAACAACUGGACUAAGGAGAGUGCAGGGUGCCGCCAAAAUUCCACUCGCAGAACCUCAUCACCAUGCUGUUCGCCUAAGAGGUCCCAGACCUCAUUGCAGAGCUUGCCUGCAACUAGAGAGGCUCCCCUCAUGGAGGAGCCUCUGAAGGCUCUUUUUGGGGUAACGGAAGAGAGCCUCCUGAUAUCCCUGGUUGAGGGUCACUCCAACCCCACCUCCUCCAGCUCCUCCGAGUUGAGCUGUGCUAUCGUGGGGGAGGUGGUACACCAGCUUAACUCUGGCCUCUCAGUGGCCAUUCAGGCCAGCUCGGGGAGUUGCCCCCCUAUGGACAGUCAGGACAUAGCAGCAGGCAAGGAGGUCAUUCGGGUAGCCUCGGUGCAGAUCCUGGCCGAGCUACAGAGCCAAACGUCUGAGCCAGAGUGGGUAGGGUUUAUCGAGCCCCUCAUGGACCCUGUGACCGAUGAUGUGCUGGAUGCCAUUGUCGGCACAAUGGACAAAAUGGCACAGGACUUCAACAUCCUAUUGGAUCUGGCCAAGAAGAUGACAAUCUUGGGGUCAAAAUGUCUGACCAAUCUUCAAUGUGACCUUGAUGUUGAGUGUCCAUCUGGGAAAGAAGGGACCACUCACUUUCUCAAAGAGACUGGAUCCUCUACCAGUGUGGUGGCCAGAAAGAUUCAGACCCUCUCUAGCCCCAACUUUCAGUCUAAAGCCCUGAAGGCGGUGAGCACCAUCCUUACAAGGAAAGUCAGCAGCUCUUCUGGCAUGGCUCCUUCCUCUAGGCCUUCUAGUGCUACUCCUAGCAUUACUGAAGCUUCCCUGAAUACCAGCUGCACAGCCCUGACACCUGUAACCUCCACUGCCACAGUGAUUGUUAAGGCAUUUGUGGGAGGCAUGGAGACGAUAGCAUCAUUUGAAGGCACAUGUGAAGCAGUUGAUUGGCCAGUUCCUGUAAAUGACCACAAAACAGGAUCUUCACAGAUGAUAACCUUCUCUCUAGCCCGCACACUCUACGGCCGUAUACGAGCAAAGCUGAGGGACCUUUUAACUCUAUCCGCUCGAGAAGAAGGUGUGGCUAAGGAUGCUUCUCUUCAGGAGUCUUCAGACACCCUGGAAAAGGCAACUGUUUCAACUGUUGAGGUCCAGUUACCCAGCUCCGAACUUAGUAGAGUUCCCAGUGAGAGCCAACCAAUACCAGCUCUCUGUCUCUCCAAUCUGGAUACCAGUACUCAAGAAGUUCUUAGCAGUGUUUUUUCCAUCUACAAGUCAGAGUUAUCAAAAGUGGAGAGUAAAUCCUUGGCCGUUGUCAGUUCAUCUGAUGAGUCCCUAGAGGCUUGUUGGUUUGUUGAUGGUGUCCUAUCAAAGCUCGAUGACUAUACUAUUUCCCAGUCACCCUCACCCAAUGAAGACUUGAGCGUGAGUACUCAAUAUUCUCAAUUGAGCUCAGAAGAGAGUGUCAGAAUCACAGAGUCCUCUACUAGUCUGAUUCAGAGCAUUAAGAAGCUCUCUAGCAAUGACUUCCAGACUCAGGCAGAAGAGGCAGUGAGUAAAGUGCUGAUGAGAUCCAGUCAUUCCUUUAUCACACAGAUCAGCCAUACUGGUCUUCAGAAAAGUCUGCAGGCUGGCUUAUCAUCUAGCUCACCAUCAGAGAUCCAUGUCCUUUCAGAAUCCAUGUCCUCCAUGUCCUCUGAGAAUACAGCCUCUGGAUUAGUGGAAACCUUUGUCAAAGGAAUGGCGACUAUUUUCCAGAGAAAUGGGUCCACUGACACUGUGCUACUGGAAAGAAGUGGGAGAGUUUCACAGUGCUCCCACGGGGGCUCCCAACUGGAUGAUACUGAAUUGAGUGUUAAAAUAUCAGAGGAGAAGCUUUGGUCAACAGCUAAGACCAUCUGCGUCAGUAUGAAGAACACACUUAAGGAUUUCUUCACAGGGCUGAAGCCACCCGGAUCCGAAAGGACAGAAAAUGCUUCUUCCAAUGAGACCCUUGGGGAAAUCCUGGUUGCUAUCCAGAGUGAAAUCUCAAACUUAGGGCGAAUGAAGGAUUCCAGGGAGCUCCUUCAGAUCAAUGAUAUGGUAGGAACUAUACUGAAGGAGGUUGAGAAAAGUGAGGAUGACAGUGAACAAGUCUGCCAAGACAUCCCUAGAACCUGUUCAUCUUUGUCCACUUCUUUAAAUGGUCGUAGUUCCUUGUCCAGCUCUUCAAAGAGUCCUAGGUCAGAGUGUGAGUUAGAGAUCAACCUCCCUGGCACUCCCAUCCCUGACGAAGUGCCUUUUGAUCUGACCUGCCCCAUCGUCAGGAGCUCCUGCAUCGACACCAGGGUCUCUAAAAUGCCAGAGAUUUCUUCAAGUGACCUAAAGACAAAGAUGAUGGCACACACAGAUGAACCCCUGCAUCGUAACAGUCCAAUGACUGACAGCAGUCGACCACCGAGUGCAAAAGCCUCUUUUCGAUCCUCCACUCCGUCUUUCACCAGCAAGGGAACCUCUUUGGUACCAAAGGGAGAUGGGAUUGACAUUGAAGAGAAGGAGGAGUGUAUCCCCAGCAGCUCUGGCCAUCUGAGGGAGCUCUUAAUCACCCCGGACAUCAGCAGUGCCACUGCAUUACCACUGCAGUACUUGAUGGACUCCAGCAAAGAUGAUGGCAUCUGUUUUGUCCCCAUACUGGUGAUAAGGUUGCUAUCGGAGAUCAGACCCUCAGCCCUAGAUGGACCCUCCCAACAGGCAGCAGAUCUGACAGAAACAUCUCAGCAACUCAUCAGACAAGUCCUGUCUGAGUUCUGUGCUGCAUCCAGAUUCUCCAGGACAAAGGCAUAUUCGCAGAACCUGAACAUCCAAAGGGUGUUCAGAGGUGUACAUAAAAACCUCAUGGAGGAGUUUGGCUCUUAUAACACCCUGCAAGCAGCUCUUUCCUCCCAGGACCCUGCAUUUGACAGAGUCCUGGUAAAGUCCUUGACCCAGCAGCUGGUACAGGGAUGCAAGGAGGCGUCAAGACCAGCUUCUGCUGCAACAAACCCAUCAGACCAGGCUGAGACAGAGAGGGGGGCUGAGCAGAAAGCAAGAAGGAGCUUCCUUUGCUUUUCAAUGACCAAACUCAGGAUCAACUUCAAGCGUUCCAAGAGAGGAAACAAAAAGGACUGCCAUUCAGUCCAGGAACAGACUGAGAUUCCCUCUACUGACGGACAUUGCAUAGAGCGUGAAAUGGGAGGAUCCCCGGAUGACCAAAAUAAGGUUGUGGGGAAUAUGAAGGAUGAAACAGAGACACAUGAGACCAACAAGAACAGGACAGGAGGCAAGGCUAAACGUAAGUCCAGUGGCCGUGCCAAGAAGACUUCCGUGGAGGAGGACAGCAGCAUUGGUGCAGAGUCUUCUCAGACACCCGGGUGUGGUUUCCGGGAAAGGGGAUCUAUCAUUGAGCAGCUGGAGAAGGAGGCUCAGAGGACUCUAAUGCCUUCUCUCAAGAUUGAGACAUGCUGUGCCCCAAUCCUCCUCUCCUUCCUGAGGAGUCUAACUGAUGACCAAUGGAGAGUGAUUCAGCAUGGCAUGAAAAAUAACCUCACAUUUGAGCAGCUCUCCAUGCUGUGUCUGAAGAUUGUUAAAGUCGUGACCCAGACAGCCCUCCGCAUUCUCCUACCAGCGCUAGCUCGUAUCAUGGGGGUGAACCUGAGGAGUGGGCCAACCUCCCCAGAAUCCCAGUGCUCUCUGAUAGGGUCUGAGGAUUCCUUAGGCAGUCUGGAUGAGAGAGAGAAAAGGCUGCUGAUCAGUGAGAUGAACAACUGGACUAAGGAGAGUGCAGGGUGCCGUCAAAAUUCCACUCGCAGAACCUCAUCACCAUGCUGUUCGCCUAAGAGGUCCCAGACCUCAUUGCAGAGCUUGCCUGCAACUAGAGAGGCUCCCCUCAUGGAGGAGCCUCUGAAGGCUCUUUUUGGGGUAACGGAAGAGAGCCUCCUGAUAUCCCUGGUUGAGGGUCACUCCAACCCCACCUCCUCCAGCUCCUCCGAGUUGAGCUGUGCUAUCGUGGGGGAGGUGGUACACCAGCUUAACUCUGGCCUCUCAGUGGCCAUUCAGGCCAGCUCGGGGAGUUGCCCCCCUAUGGACAGUCAGGACAUAGCAGCAGGCAAGGAGGUCAUUCGGGUAGCCUCGGUGCAGAUCCUGGCCGAGCUACAGAGCCAAACGUCUGAGCCAGAGUGGGUAGGGUUUAUCGAGCCCCUCAUGGACCCUGUGACCGAUGAUGUGCUGGAUGCCAUUGUCGGCACAAUGGACAAAAUGGCACAGGACUUCAACAUCCUAUUGGAUCUGGCCAAGAAGAUGACAAUCUUGGGGUCAAAAUGUCUGACCAAUCUUCAAUGUGACCUUGAUGUUGAGUGUCCAUCUGGGAAAGAAGGGACCACUCACUUUCUCAAAGAGACUGGAUCCUCUACCAGUGUGGUGGCCAGAAAGAUUCAGACCCUCUCUAGCCCCAACUUUCAGUCUAAAGCCCUGAAGGCGGUGAGCACCAUCCUUACAAGGAAAGUCAGCAGCUCUUCUGGCAUGGCUCCUUCCUCUAGGCCUUCUAGUGCUACUCCUAGCAUUACUGAAGCUUCCCUGAAUACCAGCUGCACAGCCCUGACACCUGUAACCUCCACUGCCACAGUGAUUGUUAAGGCAUUUGUGGGAGGCAUGGAGACGAUAGCAUCAUUUGAAGGCACAUGUGAAGCAGUUGAUUGGCCAGUUCCUGUAAAUGACCACAAAACAGGAUCUUCACAGAUGAUAACCUUCUCUCUAGCCCGCACACUCUACGGCCGUAUACGAGCAAAGCUGAGGGACCUUUUAACUCUAUCCGCUCGAGAAGAAGGUGUGGCUAAGGAUGCUUCUCUUCAGGAGUCUUCAGACACCCUGGAAAAGGCAACUGUUUCAACUGUUGAGGUCCAGUUACCCAGCUCCGAACUUAGUAGAGUUCCCAGUGAGAGCCAACCAAUACCAGCUCUCUGUCUCUCCAAUCUGGAUACCAGUACUCAAGAAGUUCUUAGCAGUGUUUUUUCCAUCUACAAGUCAGAGUUAUCAAAAGUGGAGAGUAAAUCCUUGGCCGUUGUCAGUUCAUCUGAUGAGUCCCUAGAGGCUUGUUGGUUUGUUGAUGGUGUCCUAUCAAAGCUCGAUGACUAUACUAUUUCCCAGUCACCCUCACCCAAUGAAGACUUGAGCGUGAGUACUCAAUAUUCUCAAUUGAGCUCAGAAGAGAGUGUCAGAAUCACAGAGUCCUCUACUAGUCUGAUUCAGAGCAUUAAGAAGCUCUCUAGCAAUGACUUCCAGACUCAGGCAGAAGAGGCAGUGAGUAAAGUGCUGAUGAGAUCCAGUCAUUCCUUUAUCACACAGAUCAGCCAUACUGGUCUUCAGAAAAGUCUGCAGGCUGGCUUAUCAUCUAGCUCACCAUCAGAGAUCCAUGUCCUUUCAGAAUCCAUGUCCUCCAUGUCCUCUGAGAAUACAGCCUCUGGAUUAGUGGAAACCUUUGUCAAAGGAAUGGCGACUAUUUUCCAGAGAAAUGGGUCCACUGACACUGUGCUACUGGAAAGAAGUGGGAGAGUUUCACAGUGCUCCCACGGGGGCUCCCAACUGGAUGAUACUGAAUUGAGUGUUAAAAUAUCAGAGGAGAAGCUUUGGUCAACAGCUAAGACCAUCUGCGUCAGUAUGAAGAACACACUUAAGGAUUUCUUCACAGGGCUGAAGCCACCCGGAUCCGAAAGGACAGAAAAUGCUUCUUCCAAUGAGACCCUUGGGGAAAUCCUGGUUGCUAUCCAGAGUGAAAUCUCAAACUUAGGGCGAAUGAAGGAUUCCAGGAGCUCCUUCAGAUCAAUGAUAUGGUAG